GCGGAGCGGGGCUCGCUGAGGGGCGAAGCGGGGUCCGGUCAGGUUCGGCUGCGUUCGGCCCCGUUCGGCUCCGCUCGGCUCCGCUCGGCCCCGCUCGGCUAUGGCGAGGCGGACGGCGGCCCCCGCCGGGCCCCUCAUGGACGAUUUCUCCUUCGUGAGCCCGGUGGUCAAGUACGUGCUCUUCUUCUUCAACCUGCUCUUCUGGAUGAUCUCCAUGGUGAUGGUGGCCGUGGGGGUCUACGCCCGGCUGCUGAAACACGCAGAGGCAGCCAUGGCGUGCCUGGCGGUGGACCCUGCCAUCCUCCUCAUCAUGGUGGGCGUCCUCACCUUCCUCAUCACCUUCUGCGGCUGCGUCGGCUCCUUGCGGGAGAACAUCUGCCUGCUGCAGAUGUUCUCCGUCUGCCUGACCGUCAUCUUCCUCCUGCAGCUGGCGGCCGGCGUGCUGGGCUUUGUCUUCUCCGAUAAGGCACGUGGGAAGGUCAGCGAGAUCAUCAAUGGGGCCAUCGUGCAUUACCGGGAUGACCUGGACCUGCAGAACCUCAUCGAUUUUGGGCAGAAGGAGUUCAGCUGCUGCGGGGGUGUCUCCUACAAGGACUGGUCCCAAAAUGUUUAUUUCAACUGCACGGCCACCAACCCCAGCCGUGAGCGCUGCUCCGUGCCCUUCUCCUGCUGCCUGCACGACGCCGAGCAGGCUGUCAUCAACACCAUGUGUGGCCACGGGAUGCAGGCCAGGGGCUACCUGGAGGCCAGUGCCUUCAUCCACACCAACGGCUGCAUCGACAAGCUGGUCAACUGGACCCACAGCAACCUCUUCCUGCUGGGGGGCAUCACCCUGGGGCUGGCCCUGCCCCAGCUGGUGGGCAUCGUGCUGGCGCAGCUCCUCAUCAACCAGAUCCGUGACCAGAUCAAGCUGCAGCUCUACAACCAGCAGCACCGGGCAGACCCCUGGUACUGAGCCCCGGCCUCUCCGGGGGCAUUCCCGACCCCGGAUCCGCGGGAAGAGCCCGGGGGGCUCGGCUGGAGAGGAGGGAUGGCGGAUCCGCGCUGGCUGCGGAGAGGGAGGCUCCGUGCCUUUGGCAGCCGGCGCUGGGCUCGGCCUGGAGGUGCCGAGCUGAGGCAGCGCCGGGGAAUCGCUGUCUGUCUGUCCAUCCGUGCGUCCUGCUGCUGCACAAAGCUUCGCACUGGGAUGAGCUUCCCCUCCCCGCCUGUGCUGGAGAAGGACGUUUGUCUGUCUGUCCGUCUGUCUGUGCGUCCUGCUGCUGCACAAAGCUUCGCACUGGGAUGUGCUUCCCCUCCCCGCCUGUGCUGGAGAAGGACGUUUGUCUGUCUGUCUGUCCAUCCGUGCGUUCUGCUGCUGCACAAAGCUUCGCACUGGGAUGUGCUUCCCCUCCCCGCCUGUGCUGGAGAAGGACGUUUGUCUGUCUGUCUGUCUGUCUGUGCACUGAGCUGCCUUGGCCCAGGCUGGGCUGUGGGACUGGGGACAAUCCCCCAUAGCCAGGUGUCUGGGGACAAUCCCCCAUAGCCAGGUGCCUGGGGACAAUCCCCACAGCCAGGUGUCUGGGGACAAUCCCCAUGGCUGCGUGUCCAGGGACAAUCCCCAGGGCCGGGUGUUUGGGGACAAUCCCCAUAGCUGGGUGUUUGGGGACAAUCCCCAUGGCCGGGUGUUUGGGGACAAUCCCCAGGGCCAGGUGUUUGGGGACAUUCCCCAGGGCCCGGUAUUAGGAGACAAUCCCCAUGGCUGGGUGUUUGGGGACAAUCCCCAUGGCCGGGUGUCUGGGGACAUUCCCCAUUGCUGGGUGUCUGGGGACAAUCCCCCAUGGCCGGGUGUUUGGGGACAAUCCCCCACAGCCAGGUGUCUGGGGACAAUCCCCAUUGCUGGGUGUCUGGGGACAAUCCCCCAUGGCCGGGUGUUUGGGGACAAUCCCCACAGCCAGGUGUUUGGGGACAAUCCCCGUGGCUGGGUGUUUGGGGACAAUCCCCCGCAGCCAGGUGUCUGGGGACAAUCCCCAGGGCCUGGUGUCCAUCUCGGUGUCCCCAAGUGUGGGGACAGCCCAGUGGCUCUGCGGGUGCUCUGCUGCUUCUUGGCUUUCAUGAACAAUAAAGAUGCGAGGCCCCG